UGUGCGUGUGUGUGUGGGUGUGUACAAGGUUGUAUAUAUGUUUGCUUCAAGUGGGGAGACGACUUGUUUCAAUGUGGCUCAACAUCAAAACUGAACGCACCGACACUACAGACAGGUACACACGGACUACACCUCGUGUGCGUGCGUCUGUCUGUGUGCGUGCGUGCGUGCUGCCGCACUGGCUCCACAGCUAGACACUCACUUUGGGACAGCUGUUCAGGGUCCAUCCGGCAAGGGUGGUGUUGACAAGAGUUGACAACCACAACCAUCCAGGCUCUGCGUCCUGUUGACACAGCCAGUGAUACUCGCCAGUCAUCUACCUACCGCAGGGAGGGAGACAAGGACGGGUGUGCACGCCUGCUACAGCAAGAUUACAAUAAAUAAAGAGGGCGGUAUCAUACACCCAUAAACCUUCGCCACCUUGCGUCAUCUGAUCCGCCGACUCCUCCGCCGCCAUAUCUCACACACACACCACAGCAUUGCCUCCCCUGCACACCUCUGCUCCCCUCCCUUGCUCUCCCUCCUUCCUUCCUUCCCGACGCCUACAGGUGGUGAAGACGUCUGACUGGACGUCAUUGCCAGGCAGUCCUUUGAUCACCUGUCGACUGCCGCACCGCCUCACAACUGUCGCAGCCCCCGGCACGGACAGCACCUGCAGCAGUCGUUGUUGUCGUGUGACUGACGUCUCUCUCAAGGGUCACAACUGACUUUGGAGAGACCUUAUGUUGGAAAGUUAAGGCCAGGCGGGCAGCUGUGAAAUCCAUCCGAGUCUGAUGAUACAGAGUCCCCGACCUGACCACGACUACCAGCCUCGUCUCCAGCCAGUCGGUGGAGAGGCCAGUCAACCUCAACCAUCCAGAAGGCAAACGAUCUGCUCCACCAGUCUUUGUCCUGAGCUGUUCUGUUCUCUACUUUUUACCUCCGUGUGCUGCUGCUGCCAUUAGUGUCUUACAGAACCUGACAAAAACUGAAAGCAUCUUACUAUAGCCAUAUGUACAAAAGUUGUUGUCUGCUCUUUUUUACAUCUGAAGAAACUGCCAGCACCGAUCUUUACUGAAAGUCUGGAACUCGUUCAACCUUUGUCCCUCGACGUCUAGGCUCCCACGUGCACCGCCACCUGGACUGUAGCAGCUGCUCAUCGCCAUACUCGUGAGGAAGAGAGUGGGACAAAAGCGCCAGCAAUUCUUGUGAAAAAUAAUAACAUUGUUUUUGACUAUAGUACAUAUCACAUUCCAACGGGAAUUCUUCACCAAACCUGAAGACAAAAAAAUUCAUUGUUGUUGUUAUCUGAACUCUUCCAGCUGCAUCUUAGACCCUGCUACUAAAAAAACUUCGUGGAACAUUUCCUGACAUUGUGUUCAACCAAGAGUUUCUAUUUCAGUCCACAAGAAGCCGCUCCCACAGACACGUUACAAUGUCGUCUGACAUCAGCAUCGUGACAGGACAGACCAAACGAUUCACUCCUCUCGACUACGCCAUCUUCGCCGCCAUCUUGGUCAUCUCCGCUGGCAUCGGCUUCUACCAUGCGUGGAAGGACCGGCGCAACAAGAACCUGAAGGACUUCCUGAUGGCGGGCCGCAACAUGCACGUGCUGCCCGUGGCGCUGUCCAUGGUGGCCAGCUUCAUGUCGGCCGUCACGCUGCUGGGGGUCCCCGUGGAGAUGUACGCCUACAACUCCAUGUACUUCUGGAUCGGCCUGGGCUACACGGCGGUCAUGUUCGGCGCCGCCUACCUGUAUGUCCCCAUCUUCUACAUGCUCAGGGUCACCAGUGUCUACGAGUACCUAGAGAAAAGGUUCAGCAAGAUGGUCAGGACCGCAGCCUCCAUGACCUUCGUUGUCCAGAUGACCAUGUACAUGGCUAUAGUACUCUACGCACCGUCGCUGGCCCUGAAUGCAGUGACUGGCUUCACCCUGUGGGGUUCGGUUGUUUCCGUGGGAGUAGUGUGCACCAUCUACACUGCAUUUGGAGGGAUGAAGGCGGUGCUGUGGACGGACUGCUUCCAGACGGUCAUUAUGCUCGUCGGCCUUCUGGCCGUCCUCAUCAAGGGUUCCAUUGCAGUGGGCGGCUUUUCCAAGGCUUGGGAGAAGAUGGAGCAGUCCAAUCGAGUGAGGUUCGAUGAUGUGAGCUUCGACCCUUCAGUUCGUCACACUGUGUGGUCGCUGACCAUCGGCGGGUACUUCACCUGGGUGGCCAUCUACGGCGUCAACCAGGCGCAGGUCCAGCGAGCAUGCACGUGCCCCACGCUCAGACGAGGACAGAUAGCUCUUCUCCUGAACGCACCUGGCCUGUGCUGCAUCUUGUACCUGGGCUGUCUCAUCGGCGUCGUCGUCUACGCUUUCUACAGUGAAUGCGACCCCAUUGGUGCCAAACUCAUCGACAGUAAGGACCAGAUUCUGCCCUUGUUUGUGAUGGAUGUUCUUGGUGAUGUCAUCGGUCUGCCAGGACUGUUCGUGGCCUGUCUCUUCAGUGGAGCACUCAGCACCAUAUCCUCCGGCCUGAACUCAAUAGCUGCCGCAGUGCUGGAGGAUGUAGUCAGACUGUACUGGGCCAAAGACAUCUCCGACCUGUGGGCCACCCGCCUCACCCAGAUCAUCGCUCUCAUCUUUGGGGUUCUGUGUCUGGCUCUCACCUACGUGGCUUCUCAGCUGGGAAACGUUCUGCAGGCGGCGCUGUCUUUGUUUGGAAUGAUUGCUGGUCCUCUUCUAGGUGUCUUCACUCUCGGCAUGAUGUGUCCAUGGGCCAACCAGUGGGGCGCCAUUAGCGGACUUUUUUUCAGCCUCGUCUUCAUGUUCUGGAUUGGUGUCGGCGCUUUUAUCGAAAAGCCGCCCAUCAAGCCACCGCCAGCUUUCCUCAAUCUGUCAGGAUGUGGAAACUUUUCCUUCAACGUCAUAAGCAACAUAACAACGACUCACAUGACGACGAUAGCAACAACCUUAUCCACCAACAGCUCUACAACACCAACGGAAAAAUCACCAGAGUAUUACCUGUACACUCUGUCCUACAUCUGGUAUGGAAUGUAUUCUGUCCUUGCCGUUGUCAUCGUGGGACUCAUCAUCAGUUUCCUUACAGGCUACACGCGGCCCUCCACAGUGGACCCCAAGCUGAUCAUCCCCAUCUUCGACAUCAUCCCGCCAUUCCGCUUCCUGCCAGAGUCUAUACGCAAGCCUCUGCGCUUUGGCAUCGUACACAAAGGAAAAUACGACAACAUGCCGACAGAGGAAGAUACACUGAAGGUGAUGGAGGAACUGGCCAGUAAAUCGCUGGGCGACGUGCUGGACAAGACCAUUGUGGUCAGUGCCAACGGCACCAAGAGUAAGGAAAGCAACGGAGUGGUCAACCCUGCCCACACUUACUCAGAUGAAAAUGAACUCAGGGAGAGGAAUGGAAAGACACCCGCCAGGGGCGUCAACGGCGCUGAUGGAACAGCGGGACCCACUCGAGGGUACAUCAACAGGGGCAUGGAGGGGGAGAGCGACGAGGAGGGAUACCAUCCGCCAACUGACUACCAGGUCACGAGGAUUUAAAGACAAUACAGAGCCAGCAAACGGAUGGGGGAGGGGAUGCAUGCGUGUGUUCGUGCGUGUUUGCGUGCGUGUGUGCGAAGUUUUGCCUGUGUAGGAUAUGCUGAUGUGUAUGAGUGUCUGUACGCGUGCGUGUUAACAGUAAGACCAACACUUCUACCCAAGCUGCAUCUCGUGAUCAUCACGGCGAUGAUGCUAAUGAUAACGACACCAGAGGAAAUUUCCGAUGAAGACUGUUGUACUCAAAGCCAGUUCUAGGAGGAAAAGGAUGUAAGCCAAAUGUUCUGUAUUCAGACAGAUGAAAAUAUAAAGAAAACUGACCAAAUGAUAUUAUAAGGUGAUGAAUGCAUCAAAAGCAAAAGUUUAGAACCUGUGAGUUGAAAUUUGAGUGAAGGCCAUUUGUAGAGCACACUGAUCUUAUAAAACAGUUCAAAACACUGAGGUUGUCAUGUUGUAGUCAUAUCUGUAUUUUCUGUGAUCUUGAUGAAUUUUUCCAGUGACCUACUACAAUUGAACAGUGUUGUUGUUUCGUGACCCCAGUGAAGCAGUUCACAAACAUCAAACAAGCAGUAAACAGUUUACUUACUUUUUAGUGAUUUUUGUUGUUUUCGCAACAAAUUUACCUUCAGGUUUGAUCAACAAUGUAAUAUUUUCUAAUGAUAUAGUACUCUUGUUUAAUCUGCGUUUGACUUGAUUUAGCCUGUCUCUGUAGUAAUCCUCUACCAUGGCAAUAUUUAAGGAAAUUACAUUCUGAAGUUAAAAAAGAAAAUCUGUGCUAAAACUGUUUUCCUGAAUCCAGUUGUCUCAGCUGAAGAAGGAAUUUCAUUUCCUUCAUUGUCGUCUGAUAGAGGCCAGGAAAAAGAGGGAGGGUUAAUUCGUUCAUUGGGAGGUUAAUUAGUUCAUUGCGGAAAUUGGCUGAGAUCCUGGUCACUUCAAGUUUCAGCUUUGUCACUACAGACCUCCUGACGAUGUUCAGAAUCAAUUUAUACAAAAUAUAGAAAGCUUCUGAUUUUUCUAGAAAUAUUGCAGGAAAGAUACAGUUUUUGCGAUGUCAGAGUUAGUUUUUUUUUGUGGAUUGGUACCAAAAAUAGUGGCUGUGAUACCUUGACAGUAUACAGUAUAGAGAUUUUUACUAGUGGCGGGUUUUUGUAUUUUCUUUGGGGAAUUUUUUUUUUUUUGGGGGGGGGUGUUUGUUUGGGGGGUUUCUUGUAUCAGUGUGUUGUAAAAAUUCCUUGUUUUAGUUUUAUUAUUACGAAAAUAGUCAGAUUUUAUUUUUAUUGUCUAAUAACUGAUUCUCACCCUGACUAUCAGGAGCGCUUAGGGUCUAUAAUGACUUUACUCAGCUCAUUUCAAGGCACCACAGGUAUGGAGUUCGGAGGAGGGAGGAGUGGAUCGAGGCUGGAGGUUCCACACUCCCAGAUUCGGUUCCAGUGUGGUGCAGCGAACAUCCCAGGUGCUGAAUGAGUACCUGACCCUUGACCCCUUAAAAAAGAUUCAGGGAAGAUAGCAAAGAGAGGUGGUGGGUACCGCCCUCAGCAAAAGCUGUCCCCCGAGAUUCCUAACCUCACUUCCCGAAGAAUUGCAGGACUAACAUUUCUUAGUGUCGGUUAGUUCAUGUUGAUGCUGUUUUAAUGGCCUAAGUCAACAUUUUUCUGUUUCUUAUAAAAUGAUGCUUGACAAUGAAAUGAUGCUUUCUGCUCACCCAACACAAUUUGAAACUGCGCUUCUGUGACAGCUGUGCGAUGGUUAAAAGAAACAGUUGAGGGAACGAGAAUAUACAUUUUUAAAUAUGAUAGACACGUUUAAGUUAAUAUAUUCAGAAACUAGUUAAUUAACUCAAUGUUUACUUGUAAAUGAAGAUUGUCUGUAUUUUAGAAUGAUUAUUUUGCGAAACAAAAGGUGCCUAAGAUAAUUAAAAAUGAGUAAAAGAA